AUGAACAAUGUUGUUGGAAAUUCUUCAGAUUUCAUAUUGGAAGGUUUCUUAAUCCCAUCAGAUGCAAGGACGCCACUUUUUGUCUUAACGCUUUUUGUGUAUGUACUCAUUGUUUUUGUGAAUGUCCUGGUUUUUCUAGUUAUAACACUUCAUAAGAAAUUACAUGAGCCAAUGUAUAUAAUGUUGUGUAACAUGAUUGUCUGCGACUUAAUCGGAAGCUCCGCUUUAAUGCCAAGAUUAAUGUCCGACUUCUUAGCAGACGUGAGGAUCAUCUCCUUCGAAGCAUGCUUCAUUCAAGCUUUCUGUAUUCACUUUUACACAUUUGGGUCUCAGAUGAUACUAACUGUGAUGGCAUUUGACAGAUAUGUUGCAAUUUGUAACCCUCUGCGCUACUCCGCAAUCAUGACACCCCAGACUGUAGCAAAACUCUGCUCAAUUGUGUGGGGUGUCGCCUUUAUUUUGGUCGUAGUUCUCUUGUCGCUUACAAUAAGACUUCCAAAGUGUAAAUCGCUAGUUGUGCACGCCUAUUGUUUCAAUGGAGCCUUGUAUGUACUUGCCUGUGGAGAUUAUACAAUGAAUAAUAUAUCUGGCUUAUGUAUGUAUUAUGUCCUAACCGCGUUGUCUUUAUCGGCCAUUGUUUUCACGUAUACUAAAAUUCUAAUAGCAUGCUUUGUGAAAUCGCAAAGCAACUCGAAAAGUAAAGCCAUUCACACCUGCGCGACACACUUAAGUGCUUACAUCCUGUUCGAAACAUUUCUUUUAUUUUCAGUAAUGGCUUUGCGGUUUCCAAAUAUCAAUCCAAAUACCACUAAGGUAAUCGGAACUUUAAUGAUUACCCUACCGCCCUGCCUGAACCCUAUGAUUUAUGGCAUAAACACUAAAGAAAUUCGUAAUAAUGUGAUCAGAUGCCUUAAAAAUAAAUUGUCACCUAUUUAA